CUCUGCGUGCGGCGGUGACCUCACAGGUGGGCUCGUGACGUGUGGCUAAGACCUCGAAUUGAGCCACGUGUAGAUCUGAACAAAGCAAGCACCAGCCACACUUAAGGUCCCGCUGGGCUGCUAGCUCAGUUACCUGGGUCCGGUCUCCCUAGGAAUCCGUCUCCGAGUUCAAUUUGAUUCACACUUCACACACUCCUUAUUGGUCGCAAGCUCUGCUUCACAAUGCUGCGAUUGCUGUUCUAAAAGCCUUUUGUUAUUUCCUUGGUACUAGUUCCCUUCUGGCUGGUGUGUACCAGCGGUCCUUGGUCGUUGCCAUUGAGCGAGGCGUGAGACGGAUACUACAUCAUGUUUUCGCGCAUCCGUGGAGCGAUCGACCGGACCAUUGCCGAAGAGCAGGCGCGCCAGAAGGAUCAAACGUCCCAAGGCGUCUCUCGCUCCGGCUCGACUUCCUCGCGAACGAGCGCCGGCGGUGCAAAACGUCCAAAGCCAAAGUCCGCGAGCAACGACGCCAGCAAAGCGGACGACGCGCCCAACCCCGAUCCUGCAGUCUUCGAGGCAGCGUUUGUCAUUGACGAUAGCGACGAUCCGAGUCGCGCAGGGACACCGAAGCCACAGACGAGCGAGGCGGGCGGAAAUGGCUUGGAUGGCGUGAAGGACGAGCGGGAAGAGGACAAAGCUGCCGAGGGUGCAGAAGGCAAGACUCAAGAUGACAGCGAGAAGAAGGAGGGAGAGAAGGAUGAGAGCGCAAAGGCAAAGUCAAAGGCAGCCGACGCUGCUGCCGCGCCUUCGACGGAGCUGCCUCCAGACAUCAAGCAGAAACUACGAAAGCUCGAGAAGCUGGAAGCCACCUAUCCCGAACUUCUACGAUCGUACCGCGUUGCGCAUCGUCGCGCGACCGCCAUCGAGCCAUUUGAGCGAGCGCUCCGUGAGAACACGCCCUUGACUUCCAUUGGCGAUCCGAACGCUCUGACCGAGUAUCUCAACCAACUGAACUUGCGGGGCGAUAUGGUUAUGCAAGAACUGAAGCGCGUGUCAGCAGAGAAGGACGAGCUCAAAAAGUCACACGACCAAGGCGAGGAGAAGAUCAAGAAGCUUGAGGCAGAUCUGGAGGCGGCAAAGGGCGGUAAGCCCGUCGAAGAGACUGGCGAGCCACAGGUCGAGGCUCUGCGACAGUCCGUGGAUGACAAGGCGGCUGCGCCCGAAAAGGUCAAAUCGCCCGUGCUUUCCGUCAUGGGCAUGUUCUCCCCUAAGCAGAAGGCUGCCCAGCAGGAGGCUGCGAAGGAAGACGGUGACCUCUUCUCAUACGACGAGGAGCUCCCGCAACUACAGGCAGACUUGGCUUCCAGGGACGAGGAGAUUCAGACCUUGCGCAAGGAGGUGGACGGUCUCAAGGGUGAGCUGUCUGUUGCUAAGGAGAACAGCACAGAACUGGCGAACAGCUUGGAAAAGGCGGAGAAAGAGCUCACCGGAUCCAAGGAUGCUGCUAGCUCGCACGAAAGCUUGCAAAAGGAACUCGAGGCGCGAAACAGCGAGAUUGCCAGCUUGAACGAGCGCCUGGAAGCGUCGCAAUCGCAAAUCAAGGCGUUGGAAGCUGACCUGGCAUCCGAGACCAAGGCUCUAUCCGCCAAGGUGAAGGAAGUCGAGGCGUCGCUGGCUACGCAAACAAAGCAGGUUGCCGACUCGGAGGCUGAGGUGACCAAGGCGAACCAGGCGAAGACAGUCACCAAGAAAUUGAUUGACGACCUCAAUACCCAGAUCAAGGUCUUGGAAAAGGAAAAGACCGAAAGCGAGAGGAAAAUCACUGAGCUGACCAAGAAGCUCGAGAGCCAGCCCGAGACUGCGCCCAAGCCUGUCGAGCCAGCCGCAGCACCCAAGCCAGCAGCUCCUGCGGCCCCGGCUGCUGGCGGUGGCAACAGCAAGAAGAAGAACAAGAAGAAGAAGGGCAAGGGUGGCGCUGCAGCUGGGGGACAGCAAGCUGAGGAGGUGUCCGAGGCCCCUGAGCCGGCAGCCGCCGCUGCUGAAGCUGUCGACAGCGGUGCUCUGGAGGCUGAGAUUGCGAAACUGAAGGACGACGUGUCAGUGAAGGAUGCGCAGAUCGAGAGGCUGUCCAAACAGCGCAAGACGGAGGAGGACCUCAACGAGGAGAUUGAGUCUCUUCGAGAUGACCUCCUCAACAUCGGUCAGGAUCAUGUCCAAGCCAAGGAGAAGAUCAAGACGCUUGAAGCCGAGAAGGCAGAACUCAAGGCCGAGAUUGCCGAGCUCGAGAAGAAGAUGAGCACGUCUGCUGCCUCUGAUGUCAAGGCCAACGGCCAACACAAGGAAGAGAUGGAGAAGCUCCAACGGGAGUAUGACGAUCUCAAGGAGAAAUCGUCGACGCUGCAAUCUGAUCUCGGUGCGGCGCAGCAGUUGGCGCAGACUCGCUUCAAAGACUUGAGUGAUCUACGUGAAGUGCUUCAAAAGGCACAGCCGGAGCUGAAGACGCUACGACAGGAGUCUGCUACCCUGAAGACAACAAAGGAAGAGUUGGCGACCAAGUCCAAGGAGCUGAAGGACGCAGAGAAGAAGGAGAAGGAUCUGAAGCGUGAUCUAACGCGAGCGCAACAGCAGGCCUCGGAGCGCGAGACGGAAGUCAAGAGCCUGCGGCAGAAGCUCACGGCUGAAGGUACCGCCAAAGCCCGUCUGGAGGAUGAGAAGCGUGCCGCAGGCCGUGACCUCCGCGAGGUCGAAGGGGAGAAGGCAGAGCUUGCCACACGCGCAGAGGCCGCCGAGAAGGAACUGGCCAAGGUGCAAGAAGAGGUCAACCAGCUGCGACCUCGGGUGAAGGAACUCGAGGAGCAGAUGCACAAGCUACGCAGGGAGAAGACAGCGGCGCAGGAGGAAGUCGACUUUAAGACGCAGCAGUACUCGAACGCCCAGGGGUUGCUGAGCAGCAUGCGGGACCAGACGACGGAAAUGUCCGUGCAGCUGAAGGAGUCCAAGUCGCAGGCCGAGGCCCUGGAGGAGGAGCUGGCCGAAGUGCAGCGUUUGCUGCAGGAGCGCAGCCGCGAGGGCGAGACGAUGAGACGUCUGCUCGCCGACGUGGAUGAGCGCGCGGACGCCAAGGUCCGGGACAUGCGAUCGCGGAUGGAAUCUGCAAUUGAGGAGAGAGACCGCAUCGAGGACGAGUCGAGCACCCUGGCCAGGCGCAAGGCGCGCGAGACGGAAGAACUCAAGGGCAAGAUCCGCGAGAUGGAGCGCGAGGUCAAGACCCUGACUCGCGAGCGCGACGAACUCGAGGAGAGGGAGAAGGAGUGGCGUCGCCGACGAGAGGAGCUGGAGAGCGUGGAAGAGAAGGCCGAGGCGGAGACGGCCGAGAUGCGCUCCACCGUCACGCAACUGAGGAGUGCCCUGGACGCGAGCGAAAGCCAAGUGCGCGACGCCGAGAAGCAGCGCACCGAACUGAGGAAACUCCUGGACGAGGCGCGGCAACGCUACGAGCGCACGCAGAAGGAGCUCAAGGGGACACAGGCACGGCUCAUGGCCGGCGCCGGGUCCAGUCGAAGCUCGAUCGACUCGAACAGGAGCGGACUGACGGCGAACGGGGGAGGCAACGCGUCGCCGGGUGGCGCCGACUUGAUGUACCUGAAGACGAUUCUUCUACAGUUCCUGGAGCAGAAGGACGGGAAGCUAAGAGCGCAACUGGUGCCUGUCCUCGGGAAGCUUCUCAAGUUUGACAAAACCGAUGAGGCGAAAUGGCAAAGCGCAGUGCAGCAUAUCGAGGUCCGGUGAUAGAGAGUGUUGGUUUGGGCCAUAUGUACGUAUAGAGGACCUGCCGUUGAUAUCUACCACGAAAGCAGUGCA